CUAUAUAUUUUUUUAUUCUUUUCUGUGAACUGAGACCAAGGUUCCAACGAAAAGAACUCCAAAAUCUAAGACGAUAUUAUUCCUUUUUUCCUUUUCUUUCCUUUCUAUCGUUUUACUCAUUCCACCAUUAACAUUCUAUUUUGUUGUUUCGUUACUUGUUUAGAAAAUUCCAUAGAUAUUUAGAUUAGUAUAAAUAUAUCAAUUACAAUCAUUUAACUCUUCUAUUAUUUUUUGGGAUUUUUAUUUUUUUUUUCUAUGAACAUCCAUCAAUCCAUAUUCUUGUUUUCCUUCUUUUUUUGCUUUAUUAGUAAAUCAUUAUCACAACCUACAUCAUGGUCUUUCCAAAAUUGGCAAUCUUAUUCAAAAGAUGUCCCUUCUAGUAAUCCUAGGUGGAAAUCCGAAUGGAAAAUCCCUGAUCAAGGUGGUUGGUCAUGGCCAUGGCAAGAAGAAAAUAUCAAUUAUUCUAUUGUCAAUGAUCCUUCUCGGUCCAGUCAAGAGAAAGGUAUACUUCAAGUUACAUAUCCUGCUCAUUCAAUGAAUCCAAAUACUUUUCCACAAGGUGGUAUUGGCUUUUAUGCUCGUCCUCUGUCUUUAUCUAGACCAGCAGCUUCACUUGAUUUCUCUUACAAGGUUUAUUUCCCGAAAAACUUUGAUUUUGUCAAAGGUGGUAAACUUCCUGGAUUAUUUGGUGGUCAUGAACAAUGUUCGGAUGGAACAAAAUCUUCUACAUGUUUUUCAACACGAUUCAUGUGGCGUGAAAAUGGAAAAGGGGAAAUCUACGCUUAUAUUCCAUCUCGAUUACAAACAAAACAUCUUUGUCAAACCAAUGGAAAUAUUUGCAAUUCAGCUUACGGUUAUAGUUUAGGUAGAGGAAGCUGGACUUUCAAGACAAAUGCCUGGAAUACUGUACGACAAGUCAUCACAUUGAAUACACUUGGUAAACAAGAUGGUGAUAUUACUAUCUAUAUCAAUGGAAAUCAAGUCUAUAAACAAUCCAACUUGGUUUAUCGAACAUCAGCAACAAAUAACGAAUUUGGUAUCGUAUUUGAUACCUUCUUUGGUGGUUCCACUUCUGAUUUCAAAACACCUAAAACUCAACAUACCUACUUCAAAGAGUUUUCAUUGAAAGCUCAUUAG